CUACCGAAUCCCGCGACGCGAAUAACCACACGGUUCUAAUUACCUUAAAGUGGUGGCAUCCUGGAGCUAGGAGGUCAAGUCAAAGCAACAUAAAGGUACAGCCUAGGCCCCAACCUAAAUAAUGCAGCUCAAGCAUUUAAACUCAAUGUUCAAGAUGACCGUCGCACCGUGUACGACGAUAGGCAUUCUAUUGUGGGAAGUGCUUGAACACCAAGUACAAGCAUCUUGCGUCCACCUCAACAAGUUUCAAACGCUCUCUUCAACUCUCACCAUCGCCAUGUCCGUAUUCCCUUGGCAUGAUCGAAUAGCCAAAGACCCUUCCUUACAAGACAAGAGCGCGGGUGAGACACAUUUGGGCUUGAUCACACGACCGCUUGCCCAGCCCUUCGUAUCCACAUUCGCCAGUGCCGCCACAUUUCCCACCAGUACGAGUAAGGCCGCUCGAUCUCAUACCGUCGCUUCGAGAACCAUCAUCUCUGCCUCUCACGAUUCGCAGAACACGGUCAACCGGCUUAACGAACGAACCUCAGCGGCAGCUAGGUCCGUCGUUGUAUACAACGUCCGCUAGCCCAAUCACCGGCCUCACUACACCUCACUUCACCUUAUCUCACCCCAGCCACCCCGGCCCAGAGCACCCUUUAAGAUCCAGAGAUGUAUUAAGCAAAUUCAUAAGUGGUAUUCCAAACUGUUUCCAGCCGUGUACUCGAGAACUCAACAAAGUCGUUACCAUACACGAAGAAGAAGUGCGACUAGACCAGACCAAAAGAGAAGAGAAGAGAAAUACAGCUCCCCAACAAGCUGACAGGGAAACCCAAGAAAUGAACCAAAAGUACAGCUUCAUGUAGCACUGCAUAACCGACACUCCCGCCAGAUAGAACCCAAACCCGGAAACCCCAUAAGAACCCGUAUUGUUACCCAAGAGAUACAAGAAAAAGUUAAUCCCGAUGUCUCAGACCCAGACUCACAUCGUACACUUGACUUGUUAUACAGCCUCGUUAAAACCCCCCUCCUCUGUCCCAUUUGUGUCCCAUAAGC